AUGCGUGCCUACAGCUGUUUAGUAAUCCUUGCCGUCGUGAGCUUGCCAGCUCAACUAUUGGUCAGCGCAGAAUCUUCCGAGGCGGAUAACACGCCUGCGGCUCUGCCAGCUACUUCUACGCCCAUAUGCGAGGAAACUGUCUGUCCGCGCCUAUAUAUGCCAGUUUGUGGGUUGGUUGAUGGUGAACCAAUGACAGCGCCCUCCCGCUGUGUUCUCAACAAUAAAAUCAGAUGCUCCGCGAUAUUGCAACGGACCUUAGGCAACAAAAUUCCUACAGUAAGCUUCCUACACAGCGGUCCUUGUUCACCGAAAGCAUAUAAAAGCAUUAGAAUGCGUCAGAGUCGAGAUAUGGACUUAGAAAACAUCGAAGAUGACGCAGGUAAAGAAGAGAUUAACGCAGGCGAAGAAGAGAUUGAUGCUGGUGGAGAAGAGUCCGACGCAACUCAAGCAGACUUGGUUGAUAAGGAAGCACUAGCUGACGAUGCUGAGGCAGAUAUGGACGCAGGUAAAGAAGAGAUUGCUGCUGGUGGAGAAGAGUCCGACGCAGCUAAAGUAGAGAUUGACGCAACUCAUGCUGACUUGGUUGAUAAGGAAGCACUAGCUGACGAUGCUGAGGUAGAUAUGGACGCAGGUAAAGAAGAGAUUGGCGCUGGUGGAGAAGAGUCUGACGCAGCUAAAGAAGAGAUUGACGCAACUCAUGCAGACUUGGUUGAUAAGAAAGCACUAGCUGACGAUGCUGAGGCAGAUAUGGACGCAGGUAAAGAAGAGAUUGCCGCUGGUGGAGAAGAGUCUGACGCAGCUAAAGAAGAGAUUGACGCAACUCAAGCAGACUUGGUUGAUAAGAAAGCACUAGCUGACGAUGCUGAGGCAGAUAUGGAUCGUGCGGAACAACUGAACGAUGAGGAAUAAUAACGGGAACUGCUGUUCGUGUUUUGAGGAGAUAUUCUCUUUUGUUUUACCAUAAAUUCUGUUAUGUUUGUGUGUUGUGCUU